GCAGCGCAGGGUGACGCUAGAGGAGGUUUGACUGGGGUUUAGCGGCAGAGGGUUUCACUCGAGUCUCUCAGGACAAGGGACAAGACAACAUCGGGCCUGAAAAGUGUCACCUGGGAAGACCUACAUUGUAGCAGCUCCACUAUCACACCUCACAGCUGGUAGAGAGACCGGAGUGCAGAUGCCUCCCAGGCGGCACGUUGAUAUAAAUCUGCUGAAGUGUGAACUUUCACCUCUCUCCCCUUUGGCCUGUUCUGUAAAGAGCUUCUGUUGUUGAGGAGCGAAGACUCGGCUGUACUUGGCUGUGCAGGAGACACCAGUGAAGGUCGACACACUUGCAGCAGCAACAACAACUACCAUCAACAAGGCCCCUAGUGUCAGACGUCUGUGACAUUCCACAAACGAGUCCAAGAAAGAGGGGGAGUCCAGGAAGGAGACUGAGAGGGAGUGUGAAAGCUAGAGGAUGAGUGUUGUACCCUGAGAAGAUUCCACUCACUUUUUCUCUCUGAAGACUGGACUAGACAGGACACACCCUGUCCAAUAUUGCAAUAGGAACAUUAGUCUCUGGACUCCAUCAGACAAAACAAACCAUUGGAAAAACUAACCACAGUUGUAUUGAUUUUUUGUCCCUCUAGCCCUUUUUCGACACCCACUGAUUUUCACUCAGUUUUUUUCUGCCACUCUGCAAAGAUGGCCCUGUGUAUUUUGUCAUGGGGGCGGACUGUUGAGUGUUGAUCCCGGGGAAGAGGUGACUCACAGCCAGGACCAUGUCUUGGAAGAGGAACUACUUUGCGUCCGGAAGCGGUGGGCUGCAGGGGAUCUUUACCCCACGCACCAUGACAUCCAUCGCCCCCAGUAAAGGACUCAGCAAUGAGCCGGGCCAAAACAGCUGCUUCCUCAACAGCGCAUUGCAGGUACUGUGGCACCUGGACAUCUUUCGCCGGAGCUUCCGGCAGUUGACCACACACAAGUGCAUGGAGGACUCGUGUAUCUUCUGUGCCUUGAAGAGUAUCUUUGCCCAGUUCCAGUUCAGCAGUGAGAAGGUGUUGCCGUCUGACGCGCUCCGCAGCGCCCUGGCCAAGACCUUCCAGGACGAACAGCGCUUCCAGCUGGGCAUCAUGGACGAUGCUGCAGAGUGCUUCGAGAACAUUCUAAUGCGGAUCCAUUUCCACAUCUCAGACGAGACCAAAGAGGACAUCUGCACAGCCAAGCACUGCAUCCCACACCAGAAGUUUGCCAUGACACUCUUCGAACAGUGUGUGUGCAGCAGCUGUGGGGCCUCCUCUGACCCACUGCCCUUCAUUCAGAUGGUGCACUACAUCUCCACCACCUCCCUCUGUAACCAGGCGGUGAGGAUGUUGGAGUGUAGAGACAAGCCCACACCAGACAUGUUUGGAGAGUUGCUCCGCAACGCCAGCACCGUCGGAGACCUACGCAACUGUCCGAGUAACUGUGGGGAGAAGCUGCGUAUCCGUCGGGUGCUGAUGAACUCUCCAGAGAUCAUCACUAUAGGUCUGGUGUGGGACUCUGACCACUCAGACCUGGCAGAGGAUGUCAUCCACAGCCUGGGCACCUGCCUGCGCCUGGGGGAUCUCUUCUACAGAGUGACUGAUGACAAAGCCAAGCAGACAGAGCUCUACCUGGUGGGCAUGGUGUGUUACUACGGCAAGCACUACUCCACCUUCUUCUUCCAGACCAAGAUACGCAAGUGGAUGUACUUUGACGACGCACAUGUCAAGGAGAUUGGACCCAAGUGGAAGGACGUGGUGUCACGGUGCAUCAAGGGCCACUACCAGCCCCUGCUACUGUUAUACGCUGACCCCCGGGGGACGCCCGUGUCAGUGCAGGACCUGCCCUCCCGCCUGGACCUGCACCACUUCAACAAGGCUUACUACGACAGCGAGGACUCGGGCCGAGAGCCAUCCAUCUCCAGUGACACUCGCACUGACUCGUCGACAGACAGCUACUCCUACAAGCACUCCCACUCCCACCAUGAGUCCAUGGCCAGCCACUUCUCCUCCGACUCCCAGGGAACCAUAAUCUGUAACCCGGACAAUGAUGCAGCCUCCCACAGCAGCCUGGAGACCCCAGGCCAAGUGGCGGACAGUGGGUCAGUGCAGUGCCACUCUCUGAGGAAAGGCGGGACAGUGGACAGAAAGGGCGGGGCCAGUGACAGGAGGCGGAGCUCUAGUCGUCCACGGCGACUUGAGGAGAGGAGCCGGGGCUCUAAGACUGACGAGGCCACGUCGGCAGGUUACCACAGCGAGGGUGAGACUCUGAAAGAGCAGCAGGCACCUCGCACCGCAACCAAGUCCUCCUCCUCCAGUCGACUGAGGGACUUCAAGGAGACCAUGAGCAACAUCAUCCACAGCCGGCCCCUCUCCGCCUCUUCCUCGGGCUCCGGGGCCCUUGGGGGUCUAAGGGUUGAGCCGGGGGCCACCACCAAGUCAAGAGACUGGGAGGCCGACAGCACCAGCAGUGAGUCCAAGUCAAGCUCCUCUGGGGGACGCUACAGACCGGCCUGGAGGCCCCGGAGAGAGGUCCUCAAUAUAGACAGCAUCUUCAGCAGGGAGAAACGCAAACAGGCCGGGUAUAGUCCCCUAGGGGCCACCCUGCCUGAAGACAGUGGGGCCCCAGCCGAGGGCCCCACAGGGUCACUCACUGGAAAAGGACAGGAGCCCUUUGGUAAUAUGGCCUCCUCCUGGACCCUGCCGACCCCCAGGGGCCAUAACAUGGAGCAGCAGCCCCCCAGGCUCAUCCAGAGGAUGGAGAGCGGCUAUGAGAGCAGCGAGAGGAACAGUAACAGUCCUGUCAGCCUGGACAUGCCUCUCGGCGAGGGACCCAAUUCUGCUAAUGCACACAGGGACACCGGUCUGAAGAAGCCCUCCAGUUCCAGCUCAGGUCCAUCAUGGCGCACCGUGCCCAAGUCUAAGAGCAGCAGUGCUCUCCUGCAGGAUGUCAAGGCUUCAUGCAGGGGCAACAGCCACAUAAGCCUGGCGGGAGAGGGCCGCAGCGAGCUGGACGAGCUGCAGGAGGAGGUGGCCAGGCGAGCGAGGGAGCAGGAGUUACAGAGGAGGAAGGAGAAGGAGAAGGAGGCCGCCAUGGGCUUCAACCCCAGACCCAGCAAGUUCAUGGACCUAGACGAACUACAGAACCAGGGCAAAGGGGACUGCUUUGAGCGGUGUGUGUCGGACGCUGAGCUGCUGCUAGACCAGUCUCUGCGGCUGGAGCAGGCUGGCGAGUUGUCUGCCGCUCUGUCUGUGGUUAACGAAGCUGUGUCUAAACUCGGGCUUCCCAUGCAUGAGGGCGGUGCUAACACUCAUAGCAGGACAGUGGCUGAGGCCCGGCUGCAAAAGUGCAUGAGGAGAGCGAGGGGCCUGCAGCAGCGCAUGCAACAACAGCAGGAAGACAGAACCCAGCAACAGGAUCAGGAGCAGACAGAGGAGCAGGAUCAGCCCUGUCCCUGUCCCCAGGGGCCCCCCAGUGAACAGCCUGUCCCGAUCAAAAUACUGUUGAUGGACGCCCAGGAGGACCAACCACAAGCAGUCCUGGAAGCCACCAGAAGCACGCCUUCUCCUCUCCAUGUUAAGCCCCUCCCCUCCAGUACAAACUCACUCCUUGAGCCCUCGAGCCACCCCCCUGUCUCUAUGCCCCCAAGCAAUCACACAGGGUCACCCACAGGGGGGUAUGUGGCGAAGGCAAGGGGGAGCUGGGAAGGACUGGAUAUGUCAGGUGUGCUGGAGAACUCCUGCCCUCGUGUGAGACCCCUCCACAAGCACGCUGCCUUCUCCCUGCCUGCCCUGUGUGUGGACGGCUGGGACGAGAGCUAUACUGAGGGAGGCCAUGACCAGCCCCCAGCUCUUCCCAACCACCAGCCAGCUGCAUCCCCGCACUGGAACAGUAUCACCCCAGCCCAGACUCUGCCCACCCCACACCCCCACUCCAGGACACCCUCCCCAGUCAGCCACACCUCAGAGGAAAGGGGCCACGCCAACAUGGAGGAUGCCUACCCCAGACGGCCUUCCCUGGGACCCUCUCAGCCCCCUCCUACCCAUCAGAACCACAGCUCCACUGUCCUGAUCUCCUCCAACACCUCCAGGCUCGGCCCUCCUCCUCCCCCUCCCACCCGGAACUGGUCCGGCUGGAGCCUGGGUCGGCCGGAUGCUAUCGACUCCCCCUUCUACACCCCUCCCACAGAUUCCCACUGUCCUCCACCCGCCCCCAUCCGACCAGGGCGUACCCCAUCCCCAGCGUCUGGGGACUACCGGUCAGGUGCCGCCAUGCCAGUGGAUCACUGGGCAGAGAACGUGACCCGCUUCUACAACUCCCAGCCUGCCCCUGUGGUGGGGUCGCCCUGCGAGGAGCUGUCGGAGCUGGACUCUCUGUACCAGGCGAGCCUGCAGGCCCCCAGCCUGCCCCGGGGCCCACGCGGAGUCAGCCCCCAGCCCACUACGAACAAGCAACCUGCUAGGAAGCUGUUGUCUGGGCUGGCUGCACCUGGCCGCUCCAAGACUCCCACAGCCGAGUUAGAGAGACAUGCCUACAGAACGCCAGGCUACACCAGCAGCCCCAGCAGCCCCACACAACACCCCAAGGUCGGCAUCCACAGGCCUGGGUCAUGUGAGCGACCACUGGGAGAUGACGAGAACUACAGUGCUGAGAACCUCCGCCGCAUCGCCCGCAGUCUGAGUGGCACAGUCAUAGGGGGACGACCAGAACACCUCGCCCCCUCCCGCAGCUUUGAGACCCCAGUUACCAGGAUGCCAAAGCAUGCGGACCCCCGAGUCACCGCACGUCACCCUAGCACGUCCUCCCUGCACCUCCCUCCCUCCUCCACCCACCUCUCUCCACCCGAGCACCAACACCAAUACAUCCACAACAACCACCUCUACAACCCCCCAGCAAUGUCCCAGCACCCCCCUCAGCAGGCAGCGCGGCCCCCCUCCUCGGGGCCCUAUCUGGGACGCUCAGGAGAUCACCAGAAGGGAGACCAGUUUCUGGCUGUGUUUGACCGGGGUGAAGCUUUCUCCCGUGAAAACUACCAGAGUGUUGCACUGAGCUACGGCACGCUGCCGCGGGCACCUCGCAGGGUACCUCCUUCUGGGUCAUCCUCUCUCCCCCAGCCCAGGGAAGGACGCAGCCCCGGCCCUGGCCCUGGGUACUACAGCCGCCCAGACACGGGCUACGCCACCCUCUCCCACCCCCGCCGUUCUGCCCCCCCUAGUGGCACCAUUAACGGCUACAGGCAGCCCCCUCAACCAAGCAGGAUCAACGGAACCCUACCCAUCCGCCUACCUCCCCAACACCACCCAGCUCACCACCGGCUGUCCAGCGAGACCUCCACCCAGCCCCUCCGCCUGGACGUACCCCCGGAUGUUGACUGGAGGACUCCCAACUACAGGAUGGUACCACCAUCCAUGCCCAUGCGGGACGCCCACCCCCUCCAUCAGCCCACCCAGAAGCCUGACCAACCCCGAAUGAGGGCAACAUCCCGCGGCCCCGGUAGUGCCCCACUUUGUUCCCUGUGCCAACAGCUGCCCACCGAGCCCUCCUGCCACUACUGCCAGUCCUGUGGGGCCUACAUGGCCCGCUUCCGGCAUGCCAGCUGAUCCAGCUCACCGUCACCCUAGAAACAGACCCAGUUUACUCCCAACACACACCCCCUCUUUCUCUCUCUGUCUUCUUUCUGUCUCUGUUCCCUGUUGAGCUAUAGAAGUCAGACUCUAGUCCUGAGUGUUAAGGAGACUAACAGCGAUCUUGGGGCACGUUGUUCUAGCCCUUUCGCUUUCCAUUAAUUACUGUCUAUAGUAAAACCCCACCCCAACCCUCUUUAACCAGACAGGCCAACCACUAUCUGGUCCUUAACCUGGUCUAUUGCUAUAGAGUUUAUGUUUAGCCUCGUCUAAGGUUAUUUAAAGAUGAUGUGAUCCAGAGUGAUGCCAACAACAUUGGAAGGUCACAGAGUCCAGGCUGGGUAGAAGUGGGGUUGUGAAAGCCCCACUUGCACUGAGUGUCCACUGAGGUGGAUGGCGAGAGGCAUUGUGCUUCUUGGAGUUUAGUACACCCCUCACUCCCCCAUUGACACAUCAGCACCAACACAGCUGGAGUUCAUGGGUUCCACUGAUGUUCCCAGGGGUCACAAUAAUACCCAUGCUUUGAGGAAGCCUGUUACAGACGAAGAAUGAAGAUGGAAGUUGAGUUAACGUGUUCAGUCAUUAAUACUCUUAACAGGUGUGAGACAGUGAAAUGGAUGCAUCAUAAGGCUGCUUCCUCACACCAACCCUUCCCUGUCUGGAUUGGAAGAGACAACACCCUCUCCUCUCCUCAUUGUAUUACUGACAUUAAAACAGUACCCUCUGAGCUUUCAGAUGUAUUUACUUACUGUACUACUGUAUUUAUACUUUUUAGGGAGCCCUGGGUAAGUAGUGUAUAGAUUGUCAAACUAAUCUAUCGGUCUAACCUGUAUAUACUCUGCCAUAGACCUGCUGUACUUUGCAUUCUUUCAACUAGCUAGCACUGUCUGGUGAUUAGAGCCCUCUUGUAGAAUGGGCCUGUGUAUCUCUCAGAGAGACAGGGCUAAAGACCCUAGACGUUUCUCUUUAGGCUUUCCACAGCCCUGCAGCCAUGCAUGGUUGUUCAGCAGAUCUACGACUGAGGGAAUCGCUCAACUUAGUGUACGUUAUAAAGUGUAUAUGAGAUUUCCUUAGUGCAGUGAAUUUACCUAACUGCGUUAACACAAGUUUAGUGCACUUCAGAAGUGUUAAGAUAGUUUUAUCUGUUGCUGUUUUAUUUCUAUUGACAUUUCUCCCAUUGUUACGGGAGGUGCUCAAUGUUAUUAGCCUAUUUCUGUACUUUAAAGACUUGUGAUAUUUAGAGGAUGGUGAUCUGGAGUGCUAAGGAAGUACAGAGGUUUACACUCAUAGAGAGAAUGUAAUGACAGUGUACACAUCUGUAUUUUAGGAUACUUUACAGAGAACAUAGAUGGGAACUGACUAUCAAGCUGUCAAUUCAAUGGCUUUUAACAAAUCGUACUUGAUGUAUCUUGACCGUUAGAGCAUUUACAUUUUUUCUUGAUCUUUUAUCUUUGUGAUGCGCUAGCAUUGGGGAUGGCUAAUUAGUUCCUAAUUGAAAUCUCAACCCAGAUAUUACUAAGACGUUGAUUUAUACAGUAGCUCUGGAAUACAACAAACGCAAACUUUGCCUCGUUUUUGAGGCAGAUUUUAGAUCUGAUGAUGUAAACUUAUGGAUCAUUAGAGCCUCAAUUACAGUGAAGUCGGUUUUUUUGACUUGGGAGGAAAAGCAAGCUACAGCCUUAUAAAAUACACUUACGUUAUCUACAAUCUGAAAUGAAGGAAAUUACUAAAUUAUGUUUUGUUGCUUUCUACGAUAUUGCUGAUUUGUUUUGGAAUAUUUGUACACUUAUUUUUCUACACUGUAGAUAUGACUGAGGGCAUAUGAAGAGAAUGUAGCUUAAGGAAGAAAGGUUGAGUGUCUUAAGAUAAAACAAUUGCUAAAAUCAUAUGGUUAAUAAAGAAUUUAGGAUGCACAACUGCAGUGCAAUUCACCGGGUGUGAGUGGUGUUGUCCUUCUUUAGGGAAAACAGUCUCUGAAACUGAAAUGUAACUGGAUUGUUGCAGAUGUUAAACACUUAACCAAAGAGUGCCACUUUAGUGAGAGUCAUUUUGAUGAAAAGGAAUUAAUAAUCCUUAGUUUGUGUACAUUAUGCAACACUGCCCCCUCGGGGAUUGCCAGUAGAAGAGCAGGUGACAGGUGUCCAUUUUCUUUUUUUAACAUGCUAAUAUACAGAUAGUGCGACAGCUGAACAGUGAACAUUUGUGUACAGAUAAUGAUAGCCUUCGAACUUAAAUGUUAAGAGGAUGUGUUUUCUUGGUAAUAUAAAGGAAGGUUUCCAUUUUGGACUUAGUCUGUAAAUGCUGUGCUAGCAUAUGGAACUUGUAUUUUUGCAAUAAAGUUGUUAUAAAGUGCUCCAAACAGGAGCAGAGUAUGAA